AUGUCAUCUUCUACUAGUCGAUUAGAUGGUCGAUUUUGGCUUGAAGGAACUCCAUAUUUGUCCGAAGUGAAUAUUGGAACGGGUGCCUACGGUGUAGUGUGUAAAGCUUUAGAUACGCGUGUUAAAAAAGAAGUAGCCAUCAAGAAAAUACCUCGAGCUUUUACUGAUGUUAUUCUAGCGAAACGAUCAUUACGAGAAAUUCGAAUUCUUCGGGAGCUUCUGCAUGAGAAUAUCAUUGCAGUUUUAGACAUGUUUACAGUCGAAGGCGUUCAGGGAAAGGAUAUUUAUAUUGUCAUGGAUUUAAUGGAAACCGAUUUGCACCAGAUUCUUCAUAGUCGACAAACACUCCUUGAGCAACACUUUCAAUAUUUUAUGUAUCAACUUUUACGUGGUUUAAAGUAUCUUCAUUCUGCUGGAAUUGUCCACCGUGAUCUGAAGCCAUCGAAUAUUCUUUUGAACGGAGACUGCCUCUUGCGAAUCGGUGAUUUUGGAAUGGCACGAUCAUGCGCUUCUCAAAACACCCUUUGCGAUGAUUCGAAUGUCAGCGGACACAUGACGCAAUAUGUAUCCACAAGAUGGUAUCGAGCCCCUGAAAUAUUAUUUUCAAUGCUAGAAUAUGAUACGAAGGUCGAUUUAUGGUCAGCUGGAUGCAUUUUUGGCGAAAUGUUGUUGCGAAGACAAUUAUUUCCGGGGAAAUUCGACGAGUGCUCGCAAGUCAAAUUGAUUAUUUAUUAUUUGGGAACACCGGAUAACGAGGUAAUGGAACGGGUGAGCCGAAAGAAGAUAAAAGAAUGGAUUCUUAGCUGUGACGUUAAAGAUCCUCUUCCAUUUUCGUCGAUCUUCCCAAAAGCCAGUGAUAGUGCACGUGAUUUCAUUUCCCAUAUGUUGCAAAUGUCUCCAUGGAAGCGAGCAUCUGCGGCCGACAUUUUGAAACAUCCAUUCCUUGCCCAAUAUCAUAAUGAUUCUUAUGAGCCAUUAUGUCUGCCAAGAGUUCAAGUGAGCGUAAACUCAAUAGAACAAUACAGUGGUGCACAAGUGGUCGCCGGUCUCGACGAAGAGGCGAAAAUCUUCGAAAUGCGUCGCGGAACCGCCUAUCAGACGAGAAAAGAAUGCCCCCCAGAUUUAGAUGAGAACUCUGAAUUGAGUUAUGUUGUUGAUAGAGAAGGCCAGCAUGGCCCUCGACAAGAUCCGACCGAUUAUCUUGGAGUGAUGAAGAAUGACUGUAUGGAUGCAAAAGUUGAGAGUGAUGAUGGUUCCUCGACUCCGACAAGUCUUUCUUCGGCAGAAACAAUCGAUACUAUUCGAGAAGUUCACACAAACAAACGAAAUUCGGAAAGUAGGGAGAGCGCGACGGGAGUUGAAAACGAUUCUUCCAAUAACGACGAAUCAGUUUUCAAAAAUGGAAUCGAAUGGCCUUUGGAGGAAGCAAGCACCUCCAGUGCGCCACCGAUUCUCCACAAAGUAUCAAAUGGCUCGAAACCAUCGAAGAAUCUUUUCGAAAAACGGCUAGUCGAUCGAAUUCGUGAAGAAUACAGCGAUCGACGUCGAAUGCCCAAAAUUCGGUACAAACGAGCCAAUAGUGAUGCUGCUUCUAGCGAAGAUCAACAAAAAAUGGCACGAGCAAAACUGCGGAAAUCGCGACAAGAGCUCCGAAAAUGUAGCAACGACGAGCAUCGUCGGAAGCCCGAUUGA